AUGGGUGAAAAACAUUCCAAACUGAAAAUUUUUGCAUCAAAAAAGAAUAGUGUUGUAACUUCAUCAACAUCAUCGCUUGCUAUCCGACAAAGACGACGCAUGUCUCAAAAUUAUUUAGUCAUUUGGGUUGAUGGCAGUGUUGAUCAACCGAAUCAAGAUAAUCAACAUACACUCGAGCAAUUGCGCAGUGUCGUUAAAGAGAUUAAACUGUGCACGACGUCGACACAAUGCAUUGAAUUUCUUAAGAAUAUGAAUGGCAAGAAAGCUCUCGUCAUCUCUUCCGGUGCUUUAGGUCAACAUCUUGUGCUACAGAUUCAUGAUAUGCCACAUGUAGAUGCUAUUUACAUUUUCUGUGGCGACGAAUCACGACACAAAUCAUGGGUCAAAAAAUGGUCAAAGAUUCAAGGUGUCUUCACUUCAAUAGCACCAAUAUGUGAUUCAUUAAGAAAGAUCACCGGCCAAUGCAAUCACAAUGUAUUACUAAUGAGUGUCGCUCCGCAGCGCGUUAUAUCAACAGCAUUAUCACCAUCCGAUGAACAAAAUCUUGAACAAUCAGAGUCAUCAUUUACAUAG